CCUGAAUCACAUGUGUUGACAGUGAGCAAGACAUCCUCAGCUACAAGUGAAUGAUGUUGAGGAGGAUGUUUUGUCUUGGUCUAUGAAACAGUUAUCAAACUAAGACUAACGUUAACUGAUUUCGGUAAUAGUAUUGGUAAAGUGUUUAUACAUGCGGAGACCGCGUCUGUUUCAUUAACGCCGACCUAACCGCAGUUUUGACUGCUGUUAAUGUUACCCUACUAAUGGUGGAUUAGACUGGUUGUACAUCUCAUUUAACCUGAACGCUGGAUACUUCACAAGGGCGAGUUAACAGACAUGCACCCACCAUCUCGACAGGACUAUAUAUCUAUAAGCUUAGCUGGACAAGGAGGUGGAAGUUACAAUAACAGCACGCAAUGGAGGAGGCAGUCCUGCUGGAGGAAAUGGAAGCAGCUGUCCAGGCUGCAGCGGAGCCUUAUCCUCAUCCUCCUGUUUAUCUGUGGAAUUGCUUCCUAUCCUGCUGUGACUGAGCACCUCAGAGGCCAUUCAGAUGGAGUACAAGACAGUAACAGCGUCCUGAUGCCCAUCAUUCCAUAUAUGUUGCCUGAGCCUGUCAAACAGGCCCAACCGCCACUACCAGAACAAACCUCCCAGAGGAAAUUAUCCAAUAAGAGAAGACCGCCUGUCCUUCAGAAUCGUCUUCAGAAGCAGGCAAAUGCUUCAGACACAGUGAUUGAGGACAAGGCAGCUGACAGCAAGAAAGAAGAGGAGGAGGGAGACAUCAGUUGGCGUGGGGCAGUGAUCAACACUGACCAGGCCACAGAAGGCACCAGGGAUGGGGAUAAUAUGGAGAAUUCACCUGUCAACCAAACAGGAAAAUUACCAAACAAGUCAGAAGCUAGAUUGCUGGAGGCGGUGCAGGAAGCUUUCCUACAUUCAUGGAAGGGUUAUAAAGACUUUGCUUGGGGCCACGAUGAGCUCAGGCCCCUCUCCAAGUCCUACAGUGAGUGGUUCGGCCUGGGUUUGACGCUCAUUGAUGCCCUGGAUACCAUGUGGAUCCUUGGCCUUAAAAAAGAAUUUGAAGAAGCAAAGUCGUGGGUGGCCACCGAGCUCACAUUUAACAAGAGUGUAGAUGUCAACCUAUUUGAAAGCACCAUCCGCAUCCUGGGAGGCCUACUGAGUACCUACCAUCUGACUGGAGACAUUCUGUUCCUAGACAAAGCUAAAGACAUUGGCUCCAGGCUGAUGCCAGCUUUCAACACUCCAUCCAAGAUCCCCUACUCUGAUGUGAACAUCGGGAAAGGCACAGCCCACCCUCCUCGUUGGACCUCAGAUAGCACUGUGGCCGAGGUAACGAGCAUUCAGCUGGAGUUCAGAGAGCUCAGCCGUCUCACCCAGGAGCCACAUUACCAGGCUGCAGUUGCUGAGGUUAUGAAACAGGUCCACAAGCUGGACGGCAAGCUGGAUGGUCUCGUGCCCAUGUUCAUCAACACAAACAACGGACAGUUCACCCAUCAAGGCAUCUACACACUGGGAGCCAGAGCAGACAGCUACUAUGAAUACCUGCUGAAGCAGUGGAUCCAGGGAGGCAAGACAGAGAACCAACUCUUGGAGGACUAUUUGCAGGCAAUAGAGGGUGUAAAGAAGAACUUGUUGCAGAAAUCUUCGCCUAAUGGCCUCACCUUUGUUGGCGAGAUCGCACAUGGACAGUUCAGCCCUAAAAUGGACCACCUAGUGUGUUUUCUGCCUGGCACUCUGGCUCUCGGUGCCCACAACGGCCUGCCUGCUGAUCACAUGGAUCUGGCCAAACAGCUGAUGGAGACCUGCUACCAGAUGUACAUCCAGAUGGAGACAGGCCUCAGUCCAGAGAUUGUCCACUUCAACAUGCAUCAGGGCAGCACCCGAGACAUCGACGUAAAGCUUGCAGACAGACACAACCUCCUACGACCAGAGACAGUGGAAAGUCUCUUCUACCUGUACAGGUUCACCAAGGACCACAAGUACCAGGACUGGGGCUGGGAGAUUCUCCAAAACUUUAACAAGUACACCAAGGUUUCCUCUGGAGGCUACACCUCCAUCAAUAACGUUCGUGACCCGGACUACCCAAGCCCCCGAGACAAGAUGGAGAGCUUCUUCCUGGGAGAGACCCUGAAAUAUAUGUACCUGCUUUUCUCUGACGAUCCCAACCUCAUCAGCCUAGACCAGUAUGUCUUCAACACAGAGGCUCAUCCUCUGCCUAUAUGGCCCUCUACACACAGACUCACAGACACAGGAAUUCAAAUGUGAAUUCAAAAGUGCACGUAUAAACUCAACAAACAUCUCAGGCUUGGUCUAACACCAAGAUAAUCCUUCUGCCUUUGUGACUGGUAGUUGUUAAAACAACAACUCUGAAUGCAGACCACAGCUGGAAAAAGCCUCCUUUUUACUGAUCCAAUCAAGUGUUUGCUAGGUGCUAAACGCCACAGAAAACGACUCGAGCCCAGUUCACUUUGUGGCCUUGUUUAUUUAAUUGACUGGAUGUUCUCGUUGCUUAGACUCUGGAAGAGAGACGGAGAAAGGUGUCUAAAUGUCUUAAUCUCAUGAUGACGAGGGGUUUGAAAACUGAUCCUUUCAGAUUAUAGCUGCUCAUGAUUUAAGCUUCCAGUUGUGAAACAAAGCAUCUAGUAUCUGGAGGGACAGACCUUUGUGGCAAAACGAUCACAGUGAGCAGCCAGCAGUCGGAACUACCUGCUGCUCCUCCAACCUGACCUGCUGACAACUUUGUUCAUGUCUGUGAUUCUUACAGGGAUGUGAGAAUAAACUGUUUGUAAUAUAGUCAUUCAGUGCUCUGGCUAGAACUACUCUCAGAUGCUUGAAGCCGGAAAUAAAGCCAGGGCCCCCUACGGUGCUUCAGCUGCCCUCAGGUGCCUACUGUCCCAUGCUGCAUUCAUGACAUACAGGAAACGUGACUCUGUACAUAAAAAAAAACAUCUCAACUGCUUCAUGUCAAGCAGAAAACAUUGCAUGGAAAGCAUUUACGCUGCAACACGAUAGGAUGGCAGUGACAUGUAUUCCAGGGUUGAAUGAUAUGAGGAUGAAUCAACUUUUCAUACUGGUAACCAGUGAUGGAUGCAGCAUUCACACACAAGUUCAGCAUCAUCAGCCAAAUGUAUUCAAAGUUAUAUGGCUCCAUAUAAAAGAGAAUAUCAACCCAGUGAAUGUCUGCCACCCUUCCUGGCAACCCUACAUGAUUAUAUAUGUCUUUGUAAAUUACUGAAUUAAGCCAUUCAUUAAAAUCAAAAAUCUGCCAAAUGAGAUACUUAGAAAAUGGUAAUCGUCCUUUUAAUGUUCGAGCUGGCACUCAUUAAAACUACUUCAAAUAUUGGUGGGCGGGUUUUGUAUCAAUGCAUCAUAUUCUAUGAGAUGAGCCCACUGUUUUUAGUAACUCCAGUUGAGAAGUAAAAAGUAGUACUUUAUAUACCUCAAACGUGUACUUUAAAUGAUCUGCUUGCCAGGUGUACUGAGGUAAUCACUUCUGUCUGGCUGCAGUAGGACUGCUGCUGGCUUUCCAAACACAGAUGGCAAAUGUCCUAUAUAUAACGAUAAAUGUGAACGUCCCAAUAGAAAAUGACAAACACUGUGAUGCUGGAUUUAGUCCAUAUCUCGGGCCAUCUGCCUGAAAGGAAAUUACCCCACUCUCCCUAACCCACUAUUUAUUCCAUAUAACAUGAAUGCAGCAUCUGACUUUGGUCUUAUUCCAUUUGUUGCCCAGCAGCAGAUUUAUUUAUGAACUGUGAAGCUUUUGUUUUAUAAAGAUGUCAUUGAUUUAAGCA